CGAGAUUUGUGUGAAUUGCAAAAAGUGCUAAAUUAAAUCAUAAAUUAAAACUCGUACUACUCGUAUUCACCAAUUAAAAUAUUAGUUUUAAAUAUUACUUUCUUAAAUAUUAACUGCCCAUCGCGGCAUUGUUAGCAGCAAAUAGUAAGGUCUGCAAAAAAUAAUUAUUGUGAUUUGUGAGGUGAAUAAUGGCUGAAGCUGAAGAAAAUGUUUUUCUUUUCGUUCCAAAUAUAAUAGGUUUUGCGAGAGUGAUUUUGGCCAUUAUUGCGUUUUAUUUUAUGCCGACAAAUUGUGUAUUGGCAUGUACCUGCUACAUUGUAUCAGCUCUACUAGAUGCAGUAGACGGACACGCAGCGAGACAUUUCAACCAAAGUACCAAAUUUGGAGCAAUGCUUGAUCAGCUCACCGAUAGAGCGGGCACAGCAGGUCUGAUGAUGACUCUGGCGACCUUCUACCCUCACUAUACUUUCUGGUUCCAAAUAUCUAUGAUAAUUGAUGUGACAUGCCACUGGUUCUAUUUGCAUACAGUCACACUGCAGGGUAAAAAGUCACACAAGUUCAUUGACAUGUCGGAAAAUCCAAUAAUGCAUGUUUAUUACACAAAUAAAACUGUAUUAUUCCUCAUGUGCGCGGGCAAUGAAGCAUUCUAUGCUGCCCUGUAUGUAAUGAACUUUUUUACGGGACCUACAGUUCUUGGUGUUGGAUUGUUUAAGUUAAUAGCAAUUUUGACUAUGCCGGUUGCCGUCAUAAAGGCAGGAAUCUCUGUCAUCCAUGGUAUUGUUGCAUCCAUGAAUAUUGCUAUCAUUGAUGUUAAUGAGCGCGCUGCAGAACGAGCCUCUAAACAGGAGUAAAACAUCCCCUAAUAAGUAAUAAGCUAAGCUAAGACUAGACAACUGAAAACCAUAAAAAUUGCCACUUGGCAUUAGUGUUAAAAUGUUAACCUUCCUUUUGUGUUUGUCUUGUAUAAGUAACUAGUUGUAUGACACUUACAGUUCUUUAUCGGAGGGUGUAUUUUUAAUGAUAAGAGUAGUAACAAGCAUCUGUUAUUACAUAAUAUAUUAUAUUCAUUUUUUUAUUUGUAAUUUGG